GGCCCAAACAAAGUCCACCUCCCGUCCCGACUUCCCUCUCUCGAGUCUCGAGUAGACCGCUCCCUCCUCCCUCCUGAUCUCAACCCGCCGAAACCCUAAUCCCCAUCGCCGCUGCCAUGGGCAACCCCAUCCUGACCCUCCCCGCGCCCGAGGGAGACGGCGACGGGGGCGGCGACACCGACCACCAGCAGCAGCCUCCGCCUCCCCCACCCUCUCCCGGCGCGAAGGCGGAAGCCCCGGCGACGGUGGCCACCCACACGCGCACCAUCGGCAUCAUCCACCCGCCACCCGACAUCCGCGUGAUCAUAGAGAAGACGGCCACCUUUGUCGCCAAGAACGGGCCCGAGUUCGAGCGCCGCAUCAUCUCCCACAACCAGGGCAACGCCAAGUUCAACUUCCUCCAGCCCUCCGACCCCUACCACGCCUACUACCAGCACCGCGUCUCCGAGCUCGCCGCCGCGCCGCCAGGCGCCGACGCGCCCACGGGCGGUGAGCCCGACGGCGCCGACUCCGCGGCCCCCGUUGCCGCGGCGCCGGACCCGGCCAAUGGCACAGCGCAGGCCGACGGCGCCGCUGCAGCGGACGCAAAGCCCGACCACUCCGCGCCCUUCCGCGUGCCGCCGCCAACCAAGGUGCUGGUGCCGCCCAAGGCGGAGCUUUACACGGUGCGGCUGCCCGAGGGGAUCACAGGGGAGGAGCUGGACAUCAUCAAGCUGACCGCGCAGUUCGUGGCGCGGAACGGGAAGAGCUUCCUGACGAGCCUGGCGCAGCGCGAGAGCAACAACGUGCAGUUCCACUUCAUCCGGCCCACACACAGCAUGUUCCCGUUCUUCACGUCGCUCACAGACGCGUACUCCAGGGUGCUGAGGCCGGAGCCUGCGCUGCUGAAGGAGCUGAGGGAGGGGUCGAAGGACCUGACAACAGUGCUGGAGAGAUGCCUGAACCGGCUGGAGUGGGAUCGGUCACAGGAGCAUGCUAGGCAGCAGGCCGAGGACGAGAUUGAGCAGGAGAGGAUGCAGAUGUCAAUGAUUGAUUGGCAUGAUUUUGUUGUUGUCGAGACAAUCGAGCUUGCAGAUGAUGAGUACGAGGGGCUUCCUGUGCCACUUACUCUAGAGGAGUUGAAGCGCCGGAAGAGGAUGGCGAACUUGGGAAAGGAGGAAGCUAUGGAAUUGGCUGAACCAGCUAAGGAGGUUGAGAUGGAGAUGGAUGAGGAGGAGAUGCAACUUGUCGAGGAAGGAAUGCGGGCAACGCUACUUGAGGAGAAUGAAGGAGGAGCACAAGUUAAGGUGGCUGGUGAUGAGGAGGCGCCUAUGAGGAUAGUCAAGAACUACAAGAGGCCUGAGGAGAGGAUUCCUGCAGAGAGGGACCCAACCAAGUUCGUUGUCUCACCGAUAACUGGGGAGCUGAUUCCCAUCAGUGAGAUGGAGGAACACAUGCGCAUCUCACUCAUUGACCCUAAGUACAAGGAGCAGAAAGAGAGGAUGUUGGCCAAGAUUAAGGAAACCACCCUCGCCCCCGAUGACGAGAUUUCUCGGAACAUUGUUGGUCUUGCUCGCACUCGCCCAGAUAUUUUUGGGACCACUGAGGAGGAGGUUUCUAAUGCUGUCAAGGCUGAAAUUGAGAAGAAAAAGGAUGAGCAGCCGAAGCAGGUUAUUUGGGACGGUCAUUCUGGUAGCAUUGGUCGGACUGCCACUGAAGCAUUGGCUGUGGGUCGUGAGGAUCAGGUUGAUUCUUCAAAUGUUGAUGGGAGGCAUAUUCCUGGCCCAGCUCCACUUGUCCGGCCUGGCAUGCCAUUACCCCGACCUCCUCAACCACUUCCGCUGGUUAAUGUCCCUCGCUUUAUUGCGCCAAAUGCACCACAAUAUUCUCAUAUGCAUGGAGUUCCACAGAUGAUGCCUCCCAUGCAUCCACCUCCACAACAGAUACCAGGCCAGCCGCCCAUGAUUAGGAUGCCAGGCCAAAUGGGUCAUAUGCCAACCACUAUUCCUCCGCCUCCUGGUCAGGCUCAGUUUAUGCCUGGUCCACCACGCCCAUUCCAUAUGCCCCCGCCGCAGCACAUGCCACCCAUGAUCAAUCCCAUUGGAAUCCCUCAGCCUCCAGCACCGCCUCUGCCUCCCCAGCCUCCUGCCGAGGAGCAGCCACCUCCACCUGAUGAACCAGAUCCUAAGAGGCAGAGAACAGACGACGCUUCUCUUAUCCCGGCAGAGCAGUUCCUUGCCCAGCAUCUGGGCCCUGCUCGCAUCUCGGUAUCUGUACCCAACCUUGAUGAAGGAAACUUGCGGGGACAAGUCUUGGAAAUUUCUGUCCAAUCACUCUCAGAUACAGUAGGUAGUCUGAAGGAGCAAAUUGCUGGAGAAUUGCAGCUCCCUGCUAAUAAGCAGAAGUUGAGUGUGAGGACUAGUUUCCUCAAAGACAACCUUACUCUUGCUUACUACAAUGUGGGUCCUGGAGUGGUGAUCAAUCUAACUCUGAGAGAGCGUGGUGGGAGAAAGAAAUGAACCUUCUCGACCUCAGUACAGUGGCAGAUUCUUCUGUACAACAUCAGUGAGGGUACUGUUCCUUCGAGUGGUUAUUUUGAAAGAAUGGCAUGGCAUCCAUCAGGUCACUGCUGCUGGAAUUUUUGAAGUAGGAAAUAUUAGUUUGGGAUAUGUAUUCUAUGGUUGUUUCCUUCUGCUACUGCACUAAGCUUUAGAUAUGCGCCUCCAGAAAAUAUUGUUGUAUUCUAAUUUCUAACCAAUUUUUGCCAGUGUAUGUUUUCACAAGUCACAGAUGAACCUGUUUGUCAGUUAUGGUGUUGCAUCUGGGCCGUGUAUGUGCACUUGUGUAUACAAGUUUCCAGCUAUGUUUAUGAGGAUUUUUCCAUCAAUUGCUGCUGGAGUCCUACAAAUUCCUGUGUCCAAUCAGGUUCUCAGUUGAUGAUUUGAACAUGCCUGCUUAUGAACUGGGAUACAACUUUCGAGCCCCCUGGUCUCAGCCUUUGCAAGAGAUGGUAUAGCGGAACUGCAGGAGGCCACGAGCUAGUGGCCAGCUUGAACUGUUACCUUGUGUGCUUUUGCCGUGCCGUCUUCGGUUGAGACUUGAGACAAACCAAUUCUGUUCAUGGCUUCAUGCCCAGUCGAAGACAUGAGCUGCUGAUGCGAAAAAUAUUAAUAUGUGCUCGGCAUCAGACCUUGCAGGAUAACAAUUCAAAUGGCUGUUGACGGGUGAUCGGCUCCUUGUGGCCUGUCCGCUCGUCAAAGUGUUGCUACAGCCGCUUCGUUUU